AUGGCCAGGAGAGGUAAGAAGCCCGUGGUGCGCACGCUGGAGGACCUGACGCUGGACUCGGGUUAUGGUGGCGCGGCGGACUCGGUGCGCUCCUCCAACUUGUCCCUGUGCUGCUCCGACUCGCACGCGGCGCCCCCGUAUGGCGGGAGCGGCUGGCCGCCCCUAGCCGACUCCAUGCACGGCCGGCACGACAGCUUCGACACCGUCAACACUGCCCUGGUGGAGGACUCCGAGGGGCUGGACUGCGCCGGCCAGCACUGCCCGCGGCUGCUGCCGGACCUCGACGAAGUGCCCUGGACGCUGCAGGAGCUCGAGGCGCUGCUGCUGCGCGCGCGCGACCCCCGCGCCGGCCCCCCGGGCCCCGGCGGGCUCCCUAGGGACGCGCUGGCGCGGCUGUCGGUGCUGGUGAGCCGCGCGCUUGUGCGCAUCGCCAAGGAGGCGCAGCGCCUGAGCCUGCGCUUCGCCAAGUGCACCAAGCACGAGGUGCAGAGCGCCAUGGAGAUCGUACUGUCCUGGGGGCUGGCGGCGCACUGCUCCGCCGCCGCGCUGGCCGCGCUGUCGCUCUACAACAUGAGCAGCGCGGGCGGCGACCGCCUGGGCCGCGGCAAGUCGGCGCGCUGCGGCCUCACCUUCUCCGUGGGCCGCGUGUACCGCUGGAUGGUGGACAGCCGCGUGGCGCUGCGCAUCCACGAGCACGCCGCCAUCUACCUGACGGCCUGCGUGGAGAGCCUGUUCCGGGACGUCUAUGGGCGCGUCGUGGCCUCGGGGCUGCCCCGCGGCUGCGGCGGCCCCGGCCCCGGCCCCGGCCCGGGCUCCAGCUCGGGCUCCGGCGCAGCGCCCUCUGCGGACGCGGAGCGUGAGGCGGCCGGAGCGGGCAGCAUCCCCAGCAGCGCAAGCGGGGGCAGCAGCUGCUGUGCCCCCCCGGCCCCGGCCACCGCCGCAGCCCCGCCGGCCGCCGCCAACCACGGCCACGCGCACUACGCACUGCACGAGGCCCCGCGGUUCACACUGGAGACGCUGGAGCACACGGUCAGCAACGACUCGGAGAUCUGGGGGCUGCUGCAGCCCUACCAGCACCUCAUCUGCGGGAAGAACGCCAGCGGGGUCCUGAGCCUGCCCGACAGCCUGAACCUACACCGCGAGCCGCAGCGGGCGGCCAAGCCGGGGGAGCUGCCCAUGUUCAGCCAGUCGGAGCUGCGGACCAUCGAGCAGUCCCUGCUGGCCACGCGCGUGGGCAGCAUUGCUGAGCUCAGUGACCUGGUGUCGCGCGCCAUGCACCACCUGCAGCCGCUGCACGCCAAGCACCACGGCAACGGCACGCCCCUGCACCAGCGGCAGGGCGCCCUCUACUGGGAGCCCGAGGCGCUGUACACGCUCUGCUACUUCAUGCACUGCCCGCAGAUGGAGUGGGAGAACCCCAAUGUGGAGCCGUCCAAGGUCAGCCUGCAGGUGGAGAGGCCCUUCCUCGUGCUGCCGCCGCUGAUGGAGUGGAUCCGGGUCGCCGUGGCGCACGCCGGCCACCGCCGCAGCUUCUCCAUGGACAGCGACGACGUCCGCCAGGCGGCCCGGCUGCUGCUGCCCGGCGUGGACUGCGAGCCGCGCCAGCUCCGGGCCGAUGACUGCUUCUGUGCCUCCCGGAAGCUGGACGCGGUGGCCAUCGAAGCCAAGUUCAAGCAGGACCUGGGCUUCCGGAUGCUGAACUGCGGGCGGACGGACCUGGUGAAGCAGGCGGUGUCCCUGCUGGGGCCUGACGGCAUCAACACCAUGAGCGAACAGGGCAUGACCCCCCUGAUGUACGCCUGUGUCCGUGGGGACGAGGCGAUGGUUCAGAUGCUGCUGGACGCCGGAGCUGACCUGAACGUGGAGGUUGUCAGUACUCCUCAUAAAUAUCCAUCUGUCCACCCCGAGACCCGCCACUGGACGGCUCUGACUUUUGCCGUGUUGCAUGGACAUAUUCCUGUAGUUCAGCUCCUCCUGGAUGCCGGGGCCAAGGUGGAGGGCUCGGUGGAGCACGGCGAGGAGAACUACUCCGAGACGCCCUUGCAGCUGGCGGCUGCCGUGGGAAACUUUGAGCUGGUUAGCUUGCUGCUGGAGCGUGGCGCGGACCCCCUGAUAGGAACCAUGUACAGGAACGGGAUUUCCACCACCCCCCAGGGGGACAUGAACUCGUUCAGCCAGGCCGCGGCCCACGGACACAGGAAUGUGUUCCGCAAACUGCUGGCUCAGCCGGAGAAGGAGAAGAGCGACAUCUUGUCCCUGGAGGAGAUUCUGGCCGAGGGCACUGAGCUGGCAGACACAGCCCCGCCCACCCUGUGUGCCAGCCGCAACAGCAAGGCCAAGCUGAGGGCCCUGAGGGAGGCCAUGUACCACAGCGCCGAGCACGGCUACGUGGAUGUCACCAUUGACAUCAGGAGCGUAGGCGUGCCCUGGACGCUGCAUACGUGGCUCGAGUCCCUGCGGAUUGCCUUCCAGCAGCACCGCCGGCCGCUCAUCCAGUGCCUGCUCAAGGAGUUCAAGACCAUCCAGGAGGAGGAGUACACGGAGGAGCUGGUCACCCAGGGUCUGCCACUCAUGUUCGAGAUCUUGAAAGCCAGCAAGAACGAGGUGAUCGGCCAGCAGCUGUGUGUCAUCUUCACGCACUGCUACGGGCCCUACCCCAUCCCCAAGCUGGCAGAGAUCAAGAGGAAGCAGACCUCGCGCCUGGACCCGCAUUUCCUCAACAACAAGGAGAUGUCCGACGUCACCUUCCUCGUGGAAGGGAGGCCGUUCUAUGCUCACAAAGUGCUGCUGUUCACAGCCUCCCCCAGAUUCAAGGCCCUCUUGUCCAGCAAGCCAGCCAACGACAGCACCUGCAUAGAGAUCAGCUAUGUGAAGUACCCCAUCUUCCAGCUGGUCAUGCAGUACCUGUACUACGGAGGCCCCGAGUCCCUGCUCAUCAAGAACAACGAGAUCAUGGAGCUUCUGUCGGCCGCCAAGUUCUUCCAGCUGGACGCCCUGCAGCGGCACUGCGAGAUCAUCUGCGCCAAGAGCAUCAGCGCGGACAACUGCGUGGACAUCUACAGCCACGCCAAGUUCCUCGGAGUCACGGAGCUCUCUGCCUACUGUGAAGGCUACUUCCUUAAAAACAUGAUGGUCCUCAUUGAAAAUGAAGCAUUCAAGCAGCUCCUAUAUGACAAAAAUGGCGAGAGGACCGGCCAGGAUGUGCUCCAGGACUUACAGAGGACGUUGGCCAUCAGGAUUCAGUCCAUCCACCUGUCGUCCUCCAAGGGCUCCGUGGUGUGAGUGUCCAGUGUGCGAAGGUGGCCUGGGGACCGCAGCUGUCCUACUGCACUGCCUGCACCAACACAUAUGAUCCCACCUGGUGUCUGGCUUGGCCACGGAGCAGUCUCGCUGCCUCGGCUGUUCUUGAAUUGGCGAGCUCAGCUCCCAUGUGCUUCUGUGGGAACUUGGAGCACAGAGCAGGGCACACCAUUGAGGAGCCCCCCCAUCCACAUGGGGCCACCGUCCCCCGGACGGAUGAGGCCAGAAGGCCUUCCGGGUUCCUGGCCGACCAGAGGCACUUGAGUCACAUGCCUGAGACCUAUGCUGACCCGGAAGCAGUUGUGUCUCAUGUGUGAGACCUCGGCAGCUGCGCUGAGCAGAGGUCAACCAUGGCAGCUCACGGAUGAGGCUAUUACGCUGAUGAGGAAAUGUUUGGCUAAUUUUUAGGGGUGGGAACUUUUUAAAAUUGUUCAUACUGUAACAACAACAGGGCAGUCUUGUAGUUUAAAAUAUAUUUCUAAAAGCUUAACAGUUCAUUUUCAACUGAAUUGUGUUUAGCAAUCUGUGUUUUGAGGUUCUUUUCUUCUUUUUUAAACAGUAAGCUGCAGGUCCGCACUGUGUAAACACGCACACGCAUCCGGCAAGCUCUUGUUGAUACUCUGACAAGGUGAAUAAGCCUGCCUUAGUGAUCCUGGUGACACAGGAGAGGUGCACUGCCAGACACUCACUCUAGUCAGUGGUUGGAAACCACCUGCAUGCUGAUCGUGGUUUCGGGGUGAGGAUAGGACACCCCACAUAAUGGAACAUGCAUCUGCAUGGGGCAGAACCUGUACCACAUUAUGUUUGUAAAAAUGUCCCAUCAGUUCUUGCUUAGAAGUCUACCUGGUGACACUAGCAUAUCCAUUUCUUCUCUAAUCACGAUUGAACCAGAUGCUUUUGCAGAAAUGCGUUCAUAGCUGAUGUUGGGGGGAGGGGGGAGCACGUCAGAAAAUUCACUCUUAACCCAGAGUUUUUGCUGUAUUCUCAGAAGAUGUUAAUAGUUUGUUACUAGCCAGAGAGUAUGACUAUGUUAGACUAUUUUUCAAGAUGAACCAUGUAUGAUAGGAGGUACUUUCUGUAUUCCAACAGUGUACAGUUAGGGUUCUCUGUAACGAAAGUCUAUAUCGACAGGGUUCUGUUCGAUCUGCCAUAUAUUAUAUAAACCUAUAUCUAUAUAAGAAAAAGAGAUCAGUGAAGUGCCACAAUAUCCCAAAUGAUUUCUGAGUUGUGGCCUUUCAUGUUGUCCUUUAAUUUAAACCCUAGAUACAUACAGCUUAAA